AAAUAAAACGUUGUAUGUCAAACUAUUCUCGGGGAAUGCGGGAGAUGUAAUGUUUUAUUUGUAAUUUCUGUGUAAAAAUCUAUAAUCUCACUGCAUUUUCAAUUAAUAGACUUGAAGAACUAAAAUGGCACUAGCGAUCAGAAGGUCUUCAAGUGAGAUAUUUGGUGCAGCGAAAUGGUUCAUCAGAAGAGAUUGCCGUGCAUUAUCAACGUUGCCUGAAAAAGCGGAAGAGGUGGAAGUAAAACCUAAGCGAGAAAGAUCUUCAACGUCUAGACUCAGGAAUAGUUCUAGAAAUCCUAACUUAGCAUUGAGACAUGUUUACCCUGAAUUUCUGCCUGAUCCCAAUCCCAAAUGGAGGAACAGCCUUCGUGAGAAGCUAGAGAGAAUCGACAUGCUGAAAAGACGCAAUCAAAUUGAUAUUCCUGAAUUUUAUGUUGGUUCAAUCCUAGCGGUGACAGUGGCCGACCCCCAUGCUCAGGGCAAGACCAACCGGUUUGUUGGUAUCUGCAUUGAAAGGAAAGGCUGUGGGCUCAGGGCUGAAUUCACUUUGAGAAAUGUUGUCAAUCAUCAGGGAGUCGAGGUAAGGUAUGACCUCUACGACCCAACAGUCCACAGCAUCCAAGUCCUACGUCUUGAGAAACGCUUGGACGACAAGCUCUUCUACUUGAGGGAUGCCCUGCCAGAGUACAGCACAUUCUCCUUUGACAUGGACCCUGAAAUACUGCCUGAAGGAACGCCAGUACCUGUUAAUCCUGUCCAGGUGAAGCUGAAACCCAGGCCCUGGCUAGAAAGAUGGGAGCGACAAGAGUUGAAGGGUGUGGCUAACAUAGAGGAGCAUCUGAAAGAGAAGGACAGAGUCAGGAGAGAGUUGAGGAAAACUCCUUGGGAGAAAUAUGACUUGAUGAAGGAAUACAGAAAAACCAUACCAAUAGAAGAUCAGAAUGACAUCUGGGCUGAAGUUAACAAUCAAUUGAAACAAUUGCAACUCGCGCGCAGGAAGAUGACGAGAAAGCGCACCUUCACUGCGCCUAAACCACAGCUUGGAUAAAUAAUAGUUUUAUUGUGUAACAAAGUAGUUUAUUAAAGUAUAAUGUUAACUAA